AUGCCUUGCAGCCAGGUGAUGGAGAACAUCUACAAGCUCCUGAUCAGAGGUGGAGAAGCGUUUAUCGUGAUGAUCAUCUACACGGCUGUGGAUUCCCUGUAUCUGGCUCUGUCAAGGGCGGAUUAUUGGACUAUGUAUGUGCAGGAUUAUAGGCACUUCGUGACGCCGUAUCAGUUGUUAGAUGAUCCUGCAGACGUACUGAGAGGUUUUCUGGAGGAAGCCGGGCUCCAGAUCAUAAAUGUUGAGUGCAGAGAAGUCAACUUUACUUCUCAGAACAUAAGCGUCAUAAGAGGUAAUGAAAUGGAGGACGCGGAGCUGUACGCCACAUCUAGCAGCCUGCAGCAGGAGUUCGUGUCUCAGGCGCUGGAUGAGCUAUGGCCGUCCCUCAGCUGGCUGUCUGAGGAGGGCACCGUGCUGGACGUGGGCUGCGGUCCUGGUGACGUCACAUUUCACGAGCUGCUGUCGCGCCUGCCACCAGAUUUCACCGUCGUAGCUGCAGACAUUUCUGCCAACAUGCUCGCCAAGGCUUCCUCCAGGUUCUCAGGACUCCGUGUGCGCUUCUGUCAGCUGGACAUUGGCACAGCCAACAUAGAGGACACGUGCGUUUGGCAGCAAGGACCAUUCUCAAAGGUUUUCUCCUUUUUCUGUCUGAACUGGGUGCAGGACCAAAGGCAGGCUAUACGAAACAUCAGGAAACUCCUCAGUCCUGGUGGUGAAACAGUUUUGGUCAUCGUGAGCUACAGUCUUAUUUUUGCAGUGUUUGAGGCACUCGGGAAGACCUCUCGUUGGAGUGCAUAUAUGGUGGACUACCGCCAGUUUGUGACUCCGUACCAGUUCAUAGAAGAUCCCGAGAGAAAAAUGAGGAAUUACCUGCAGGAGAUCGGAUUCACUGUAAAAACAUGCCGCGAUGUGAGAGACGUCACAUACACCUCGAAGGACGAGAGAAAUGUAAUAAAUACGGUGACUGCAAUAAACCCCUUCGUCAGAAGAAUCCCAAAGGAGCUCCGCGAGCCGUUCCUGCAGGACUAUGUGCGGGAAGCCUACAGACUGGGAGCCCUGGCCCGACACAGUCUUCCCGAUGAUGGCGGCUGCUGCUACACUUUCCACUACGGCGCGCUGGUCGUACACGCAGUCCGGGCAUGA